UGCACAGCGAGGAUGCAGGGGAAGGAGACGAGUUUUUGCACGGGAUGCUGGAGACUAACGCUGCUGUCGUGCGUCCUGGUUCUGCACUUGAUCCCGGUGUCUGUCCACGGGAACGUUGUGGGGAUCAAUGCCACUGAGCAGGACAGCGCGGCCAAUGUUACCUCCCUGCUUAAUGAGGCAGAAGGGCCUGUCAACAAGGUCGUCGUCCCGGUAACCAGGAUGAGCAGCUCAGCCAGUCCCGACACUGUAAACCCUGUGACCGUGAGGGCGGGCCGCGUCCCCCGUGCCGGUGAUGAGGAGGAGCAGAGCAGCGGCAUGUUCGGUGAAGCGGUGGUUCCUGUGGUGGAGGAAGUGGGUGUUGCAGCCCCGCCUCAGCUCAGCCCUGAUUCGGCUGAGACGGAGCACCUGCUGCCUAGCAACCCGCGCAAACAGGAAGUCAUGGAGGGCGAGGAGGAGGAGGAUGAAGAGGAAGAGCGUCUGCCACACACUGACCCACCUUGGAUCCAUGCCAAGGACACAGCCGUGUUUGACCUGGACCACCUUUUCACCACCACCGCCCCGCCCUCACCUUCCACCAACCCCUCUAACUUUGACGUCCUCCACGUGGACUUCUUUGACCCUUCCUCUCGCGGACGCAGCCUGGACCUGGCCCCGCCCCCAACUUCAUCACUGGCCCAUGAGCUUCAGGGUGGCGACCCGACCUCCUGGGCGAUGCCGGACAACUACGACUACAUCACGCCCUACGAGGACGGCGUGUCCCCCACCGCCGAUGAGUACACCUACAGCACCACGACUGAUGCCUACGAGAGCGACGAAGACCUCCGGGUGUCUGCUGGGUCUCCAGCUCGCUCCAGGCCCCGAGCCCCAGGAUCAGGCUCCUUAGUCCCAGGGAGCGCAGGAGCUCCGCUACCAAACAUCCCUGUGGCGGCUCCUCCAGCGGCCUCACCUGUGGACGGGUCAGACGGGAAGGGGGGAUGCCGUGUGGGCUACCAGAUGGUGAACGGAAGCUGUCGCUCCCCCUGCGACAUGCUGCCCAACUACUGCUUCAACAACGGACAGUGUUACCUGCUGGAGGGAAUGGGAGUCUUCUGCAGAUGUAAUGUCCAGGAUUACAUCUGGCACAAGGGCGCUCGCUGCGAGUCUGUGGUGACUGAGUUCCAGGUGAUGUGUCUGGCCGUGGGCGCCUCGGCUCUGGUGGUCCUGCUGCUCUUCAUGAUCGUCGUCUGCUUUGCCAAGAAGCUCCACGUGCUCAAGACGGAGAACAAGAAGCUGCGCAAGCGGAGCAGUAAGUACCGGCCUUCAUCGGAGCAGCACAAUGAUAAUUUCUCGCUGUCCACCAUCGCUGAGGGCUCCCACCCAAAUGUAAGGAAACUGUGCGACACCCCUCCUAACGUCCCUCAUGCCCGUGCAUUGGCUUACUAUGAUAACAUUAUCUGUCAGGAUGAUCCUAAUUCCCAGAACAAGCUGGAGGACCCGGUGAAGGCACCGCCCAAGGAGGAUGACUCCCUCAACAUCCACAACUCUCUGACCCCCAAACACGAGAACCACAAGGUCCUGGGCGAGGAGAACUCCUCGGAGGUAAACUCACUGCAGAACAACAUGAUGUGA